CAGAUGGCAACUCCUUGGUACAUUAUUAGCAUAAUAUUGCAUUUUUGCUAAGUUUGUCGCUAAAUAUUUGAAAACUUGGCGCGCAACGCUCUCUGGAGCUACAUUCGCAAUGCAGAGUUAAAAAGCUUACUGUCUGUAAUUUUGGACAGAGUAUAAACACAAUCUGUUGUGCUAGUUAGUGUAAUUGGAACAAGCUUCCCGCGCACAACAAUUGCUCAAUUGUUCGUAGUUAAAUUGCCUAACUUGCAGCUAAAUUGUGAAGUUUUCUAUUUUCGGAUUGUGCAAAUUGUACCCAAUUAUUUUUGUUUACUUUUGAAAGCUGGGCAACCAACGUCGACGAGAUACCGACGCGUCGGUAAGUGCAAGUGAAAAAUUGGCAUGUUAAAAAAUGCACGUAUACAAAGGCGAAGGUAUGGCUGCGAAUGUCAAUAGAGAACACGCUGAGCAAUAUUUAGAGAACCUUUUGAUAAAUGGUAGCCAGGAGGGCGAUAGUGGGGCAGAGCUGGAGCUGCCGUCAUGGUACAAUGAACAGCUAUUCAAGCGGGGUCAGAGAUAUUUUAGCAAAUAUCGCUUUGUGAUGACUUCAGGCAUGUUGGCUGGUCUGAUCGCAGUUCUUGCCAUACCAUCUAUACUCCGCGUACUUAUCUGUACUCGUCAGUCUUCGAAUGCCCUCACUGCAUAUCGCCGUUAUUUGCGCACCAUUUUUCAUACACACGCCUGGUAUUUCCAUUCCAUUGACGAUAGAAACAGCAAGUUCUGGACCAGCAUUGCUGCUGUGAGACAGGCGCAUUCGCGCUCUAGUCAUGCCUGCCACCAACGUGGUGCUGGCCAGAUAACGCAAAAGGAUUUGGCCUUGACACAGUUUGGUUUCAUUGGCUUUAUAACGCUGGGAGCACACCGAAUACAGCUUUACGAUGAUGAUUUCCUGGAAGCUACAUCGCAUAUGUGGCGUGUGCUGGGCUAUUUACUGGGCAUUAAAGACGAAUACAAUAUUUGUGGACGUAACUGGGUGGAAUCCAAAGAGCGUUUGAACAUUGUCAUGCGUAGAGUAUACACGCCUGCGCUCGAGCAAACGAAUGAGGAGUUUUACCGCAUGACGGAAGCACUUAUCCAUGGACUUUGGCAUGCCAAUACAAUGCUGUCGGUUAGAGCAAAUAUUUACUUUACCAAGCGCUUGGCCUACGUCAAGGGUUAUGAAUAUUACAGCUUUGAUUAUCCUGCGGGUGAGCAAAAAGAUCCGCAGCAGAAAUCAUAUUAUUAUGACUUAAAUUUGUGGGAUCGAUUUAUCGUUAGUUACGGUCUGUUUGUUGUUACCUUUUUGCACAAAUAUGCCAUUGUGCGCUGCUAUUUCAAUUUUCGAGUUUGGCUAAUGGAUCUCUUUAUGUACUACUUGCCAACUGUAGCUAUUUGGAAGUUUGGAAUUAAAUCGGCCUAUGUGCGAAUCUUUCGGCCAGGAGGUCAGGCACAUGAGUUUCAAUUAAAUCUUAAGGAAGAGUAGUUGAGUCAUA